AUGACAAAAAUAGUAGAUUUAAGACCAAAAAAAGAAUUGUUAAAUAAUGAAUUUGAAAAAUAUCAAUUUUCAUCUGAAAUUAUACCAAUAACUGAAGAAAUAGAACUAUGUAAACAUAUUAAACAUAAAGAGCCAUCAAGCAAUCAAGAUUCAUGGUUGGAAGCUAAAUUAUUUGCUUUUCACAAUCAUUUAUUUGAAAAUCCGUAUGAUUCAUCAUGCUGGUUUUGGGAUCAAGAUUAUGGAGUAUGGCAGUUGAAAGAGGAUGGAAGUCUCAAUCAAGUAGAAACAAAAAAAGUUUUAUGUGAUCUACCAUAUAAAUUUAAUCCAACGAUAGCAUUUGCUGGUGAUGGAGUAGUUAUUUUAUCACGUGGUGACACAGUACUCGAGGUAGUUCUGAUAAACAAACUCUCUUCAUCUCUGAUGAUAGAAGGCACUGAACCAGGAAUUUUGCUAGAUGCUCGUUACGUUGAGCCAAAAAAUUUACUGAUAAUAUCAACAUACACAAUUGUCACAACUAACGGAAAAAAACAAUCAAAAUUAAUUUUAUUAUUUUAUAAAUUAAAAAAUCCCGGACAUUGGCAUGAAGGUCUUGAGUUUCAUAAAAAACAAGAAUUGGUGAUUAACGGGCCCAUUGAAUACGUUUUUAUAGAACCUAAUGGCGAGUAUAUAAAUUUAUUAAGUCAAGAUCUCGCAAAAUUUAUUCACGAUUCAUUGAAUGGUAUCCAGGAAAAAGAUUGUAGUGAAGGUAGUAAAAUUGCAGAUAUUAAAAUACCUAAAUAUUCUUGGUCACAGGAUGAAAAAUCUUUGACAGUGUGGAUUAAAAUUCCACAAAAGCACAAAGGCUCCAAACCCAACGUUGAAGUUUCAGCAACUUAUAUUUCAGUUGUAAUUGAAGAUGAAGUUUUAAUAAAUGGAGAAGUACCUUUUGGUCUUGAUCAUAAAUCAGCUACCUGGAAUUGUGAAAAUGAUACAUUGAAGCUGAAAUUAAUGAAACAGGAAACUGGACAAAUGUGGAAUGAAUUAAUUAAAAAUGAUACUAAUGGUGAAUGUUUACCUAAUGAUCUAUUAGCUUCUGAAAUACAUUCCAGAUUAGCUCAUCUAUGCUCAGAACAGCAAGGUAAUGAUAGUGAUCAACAAGCUAUAGGCUUCAAUACCGAACAACUAGAGGAAUGUGAUUUAGAGGGAGGUGAAAACAUGUUACAACGAAUUAAUUUAACCAAUCAUACAACAACACACUUGACUGUAUUAACUUCACACAAUCGUAUUCUGUUUACGCAUAAAUUAAAAACAUGCCAAGUACUCUGUGCACGUUACAACCACGACGGUUGUGUAUGGGAACCUGUUCAUAGGGACGAAGAAUGGGAAUUAGUUCAUAAAAAUAUUUUUCCCGGUUUUGGAUAUGUAGAAGCCAGUAAAGCAAACAAAAAGUUUUGUAUUUCACCUGCUAAUGUCCAAUAA